CUUUACGAAAGAAGCAGAACACGUGCUACGGACCUUCUUUCUUCGAUCUUUUCUGGAAAACAAAGAUAAUGAAUCCUGGCACCUUCUAUGGACAGAAAACGCUUCGGACGCGCUUUCCACCUGAGGAUAAAAGUGACGACAGUUGUCUUAGUGACAGUGAUGAAGAUCCAGACUACAACCCACCCACGCAAGGUGUUUCCCUAAUGGCGUCAGAGUCUAGUAGCGACGAAGAUGACGAGUGUGGCACAGUGGCUGCGCGGGCUGCGCGCAUCACAACUAACAAACAAUCUGUUAAGUGGACAAAAACCAAUUGUCAAGAAGAGAACCAGAUUCCAUCGUGGAAUGGUUCUUUGCCUCAAAGUGAGAGCGUUCGAACCCCGAUUGAAUAUUUCAGGGAGUUCUUUGAUGAUGCGCUUUUCGAAUACAUCGUGGAGCAGAGCAACCUCUUUGCCAUCCAGAAAAAUCCUAACAAACCACUGGGUUUGACUCGUGCAGAGCUGGAGCAGUUCCUGGGCACAGUCACAUUCAUGUCCUUCUGUAGCCUCCCACGAACCCGCCUGUACUGGGCUGCUGAGAGCAGAAUACCAACCAUUGCUGACACAAUGUCCCGUGACCGCUGGGAAGCAAUUAAAUCAAAUUUACAUUUCAACAACAACGAUGAGAUGCCCUCACCCAAUGACCUGCGAAAGGAUCGUCUCUUCAAGGUUCGGCCACUCCUUGAUUCUCUCCUCCCGAAGUUUGAAGCUAUUCCAAAAAACCAAGCUUUGUGCGUGGACGAACAAAUGGUGCCGUUUAAGGGCCGCUCAAGCCUCAAACAAUAUAUUCCCAGCAAACCACACAAAUGUGGUUAUAAGAUAUUUCUGCUCUGCGAUUCGCAAGGAAUCGUACACUCCUUUGACAUUUACACUGGGAAGAUCGACGCUGUUCCUGGCGAACCAGACUUGGGUGCGUCUGGUAACGUGGUUCUCAAGCUGUACAAGUUGAUUCAGCCUGGCCUGAAUCAUCAUCUAUAUUGUGACAACUGGUUCACAUCUCUCAAGCUUUUCACUGCCCUGGCCAAGAAGGAUGUUCACUGCCUUGGAACUGCGCGUGCAAACCGUCUUCAAGGCUGUCCUUUGCCAAGCGAUGCGGAUCUCAAAAAGAAAGGCCGAGGCACCUUCGAAGAAUUUGAGACGGUCAUUGAUGGCCAAAAAAUCAUAAUUGUCAGGUGGUAUGACAACCGCGCCGUGACAACAGCAAGCACCUUUGCAGGCGUUCAGCCAGUGGCAUCUGUUGACAGGUGGGAACGCACGCAAAAACGGAUUGUACAAGUCGACUGCCCAAGCUCGGUGCGUAAAUAUAACAAGCACAUGGGUGGUGUGGACCAAAAUGAUGCCCUCAUUGCCUUCUACAGAAUACACAUCAGGUCCAAGAAAUUUUACCUCAAGAUUUUUUUUCAUUUCAUCGACAUGGUGAUUGUCGUGUCGUGGCUGCUUUACAGGCGCGACUGCGACUCACUAGCCAUUCCAGCCCGACGGCAACUCGACCUCCUGAAGUUCAAGUUUUAUAUUGCCACAUGUCUGCUGAAGCAGGGCAAGGACACCACCCCAAAGCGAAGAGGACGGCCGUCAACAUCACUGGAAGCUCAGCUGGAGACGAAGAAGAAGAGAGGCCCGAUGAAGUCGGUGCCAGUAGCGAGCAUCCGCACGAACAACACAGCCCACUGGCCAGCUGUAGACAGCGUGCGCCAGAGGUGCAAGCGACCUGGAUGCAAAGGCCAGACAGUUGUCAUGUGCACGAAAUGCCAAGUGCACCUUUGUCCGAACAAGAAUGCCAACUGCUUUCUUGAUUUUCACCAACCUUAG